CAUGGCCCCGCCGCCCGCCUCCAGCUCGUCGCUGCCGCUGUCUCUGCCUCUGCUCGUGCUGGCGCUGGCGACCGCCGCCACCCUCUGCGCGGCCGUCGUCGACAUCGUCGAGCACACACCCGAGUACAUUCGCCCAUGUCCACGGAAGGACCCGAAUGCCAAUGGUUGCAUCAGGGAACUGUUCCAGCACAUGUUUCCUUAUCUAGCAAAAGGCAUUCCCGAGAUCGGCGUGGCGCCGUACGAGCCGCUGCGCAUCCCGCGCCUGGCGCUGAGCAAGGGCCAGGGCGCAGUCCUCAUCUCGGGCAGCUUCUCCGACAUCGUCGUCCGGGGGCCCUCCAACGCCACCACCACUUUCGGCAGGUUGGACACGGAGCAGCAACGCCUCGAGUUCGGCCUGCAGAUCCCAGACCUGCGCCUGGAAGGCAACUACGACCUCAAGGGGCACAUCCUGCUGCUGCCACUCGUCGGCAACGGGCGCGCCACCCUCAGGCUGGGCAAUACGACAACGACGGUGUCCACGAGGUAUGUGGUGGAAAGCGUUCGUGGCCGCGAUGUGGUGCGCAUCGUCACCAUGAAGGUCGACUUCACCGUCGCAUCCAUGCACAUCCACCUCUACAACCUGUUCAACGGCAACAAGGUGUUAGGGCACACGCUGAACACGUUCCUCAACAAGAACGGGCAGGAGGUGCUGGCGGAUUUGGAGGAACCCUUGGGCGAAGCUCUCAGCGAGGUGUUCAUCGUCCUCGUCAACCAGAUCUUCACCCACAUCCCGCUCGACAUCUGGCUGCCCUCUGGCGGGAGACGAUAGCUGCAGUGGACGCCGACGAUGCGGCCGUUUAAUCCCGAAUCGUCGUUAGCCAAUUCAACCACCAUGGCCAUACUUAACAUUUACUUUUCAGCAGGCGGUAGUUUGUGACGAACAGUUGCUUUUCUUUCUAGUUCGUUUGCCAUGCAACAUCGCUCGUGGUUGAAAAAGGCCGAGAAUUAUUAAUCUCUUAUUCUUGUUUGUCUUUUCAUUGUAAUUCAUAUGCAAAACUCAACUGCACUGAUCAGCCAGAACAUUAUGAAAACCUACAUAAUAGCCGGUAUGUAUACCUUUACAACGGAUAACAGCUGCAACGCAUGGUGGCAUGGAAGCAAUGAGGCUUUGGUAGAUCGCUGGAUAGAGUUGGCACCACAUCUGCACACACAAGUCACCCAAUUCCCGUGAAUUCCUGGGAGGGGGACGAUAAGCUCUGAUGCCAUGUUCAGUCACAUCUCAGAUCUAGCGAGUUGGGGGCCAGCACAUCUGUUUGAACCCACAACUGUGGUCCUCGAAUCACUCCAUCACACUGCCGGCCUUCUGACAUGGCGCAUUAUCUUUCUGAAAAAUGCCAUUGCCGUGGGGAAACAUGGUCGUCUUUAAGGGGUGUACGUUGUCUGCAACUGGUGUACGAUACUCCCUGGCCGUCAUGGUGCCUUGAACGUGCCCCACUGGACCCAUGAACGCCCACGCCCAGAGCAUAAAAGAGCCGCCGCCUCUUUGCCUCCGUCCAGCAGUACAGGUGUCAAGGAGCUAUUUCUCUGGAAGGCGACGGAUUCACGCCGUUCCAUCAGAAUUGUGAAGAAGGUAUGGAAUUCAUCAGGCCAUGCAACACUCUGCCACUGCGCCAUCGUCCAGUGCCGAUGGUCACGUGCCCAUGUCAGUAGUAGUUGCCGACGUCGCGGUGUAACUUUGGCACAUUCAUGGGUCGUCGGCUGCGGAGACCCAUCGUUAGGAGUGUUCUGUGCACUGUGUGUUCAGACAUACUUUUACUCUGCCCAGCAUUAAAGUCUGGUGUUAGUUCCGCCACCUGUCCUGUUUUACCAGUCUGCCCAGCAUACGAUGUCCAACAUAUAUAGUGAGGGGUGGCCGUCCAACCCCAUGACGUCUGGAAGCUGUUUCACCUUGGUUUCGCUACGUGUUGAAGACACUCACCACAGCAUUCCUCGAAGCCUGACAAGUCGUGCAGUUUCCGAAAUGCUUAUUGCGAGCCUAAGGGGCCUUCACAGUCUGCCUUCGCUCAAACUCAGAUAGAUGGCGCGUCUUCUCCAUUCUACACACUGACAGCACGCUCACUGAUACCACAUGCACCAUACGUAUGAUCGACUAGCAGUAGCUCCUUAGAGGUGAAGCUGCUGUAGCCUGAACGGGUCUAUAUAGGUAGUACGUCGGUGGUCAUAGUGUUCUGGCUGAUCAGAGUACACCCUGUGUGGAUUUAAUUUUACGCUUUGGUUGCGACAUCUGGAACGGAUCUCGUAUUGACUGAUUUACAGAAGACUUAUUCACAUGAUUGUUUAAGACUGUUCGCUGCAGAUUACCGUCCAGCCACUGGUAAAGUUUAUAGGUGUUGAAUAUGGCUUCCAGCUAUGCUGUGAGAUACUGCAACUAUGCAGUGGGUAUCUUCUUUGCAAAGAUGCCUACACAAACGUCGUCCCAUUUGAACGAUAAGUGAUACCACAUUUCUUCGUUCGGUCUGGAAUAUUUUUACCACGAAAUAAUCAGAGAAUUCACGCUACCAAGGAGAAGAGUCUUACAAUUAGUUGUACCAUGAAGAAGCUUGGUGAUAAUCGUUUCCACAUCAAUCAUUGAAUAUUGUAUAUUUCUGAAGCAAAAUGUUACAAAAAGCUGUUUUACCUUUUUGCGGAAAUACGUAAUGAGCAUUUUGCUAAAGCGUUUGAAAUCAUUGGUUCAAUAUUACUAUCACAUCGCCACAUUACCCAUGCACACAUUUACGCCUAUAGCCCCUAAGUCCCGUAAAUGAUAAUCUAAAAUACGUACCAAAGAGCGUUCUUUAUCCUCUCACACUUGCAAUAACUGUAAACGGAUAAAGCAUAGGAAAAAGAAUUAUUCAUACAUGACUGUUCCUGUUGUAAUAAUGUUUUCAUUUACUAGUUGUACGUCAUACAC